GUCUUUGUGGGUGACAAGAUGACCCCAUGUUUUCCAGUUCCCAACACGUUCAUUCUCAUGUUCACAUCUAAGUCUGUUCAAACUUCAAACCCUUUACCCUCUCAUACGUUGUCCUGUUGCUUCACUCUAUAUCUUCUUCCCAUUUUCCUCCUUGUGCACCAUGGAAUUGCAGAGUUCAGGUAUGAUUUCUUUUUUACCAUUGUUGCCGUCUGCCUUUUCUCUCAUCCUUCACUUCUAAAUUAGGCUAGGUGAAUUGGGUUUCAAGCUUUUCCCUGCUUUUCCAAAGAUUUUAGGAACUACAUUGAUAUCUCUGGAUUUUUUUAAGCUUCAAUUGUAAUUCUUCAACUUGUUGGUUUCCCUGUUCAUUUUCAAAUUAUUAUGUGAAUUGGUUUCUGUUUGAGGUUCAUUAUAGGUUUCUGGAUUUUGUUACUUUUGUAACCUGUAGUUGUGUAGAUUACAUGAUCCAGCACCUAAUUUGUGAAGAACCCUUGAUUUUAGAUAGUCUUUUAGGUAUUUGGUAUUAGUUCUGUGAUGAAAUUUUCCAUGGACAUUAGUCCGAAUGGCAAAAUUCAUGAGUUUCUUUCCCUCAGCUUGAUGUGGGUGGUACUGGGGUUGUUGAGUGUUAGAGUAAGCAAUGCGACGUUGACUGAUAUAGAUUGUCUGAAAUCAAUCAAGGCAUCUCUUGAAGACCCUUAUAACUACUUGAAUUCUUCAUGGAUUUUCAACAACAAAACUGAAGGGUUCAUAUGUAAGUUCACCGGUGUCGAAUGCUGGCACCCUGAUGAGAACAAGGUUCUCAAUAUUCACCUUUCAGAUAUGAGUCUUAAGGGUCAGUUCCCUCGAGGAAUUG